AUGAAAAUCUCUACUGUUUCAAUACUUCUUAGAAAUUCAAUGUUAAAGAAUCAUCGCAUAUUUCCCAUCAUUGAGCGACAUGCAGGCAUGGGUCUUUGUCGUGCAAUUAAUGAAGGAACUGUGGUAGAUAUCGAAAGUUCAAUAACUUUAUCAGAGUAUAGACUAAUAAACAAAGUGAAUCCAAAAGCAGAAAACACAAAGAUCAGCGUCGUUUGUAAAAUUAGUUUCUUGGGCAAGAUAUCAUUCGGAAUUGAAAAUUUCCGAAGAAUCUUCAGUUAG